ACAAAAUUAAUUAACGAGCAAAUAAUAUGAAGAUCGAAAUAUUGUCGAAAGAACUCGUGAAACCUUCUUCUCCAACACCAACUAAGCUCAGAGAAUUCAAACUAUCUUUCAUUGAUGAGAGAAUACCUCAUUCUUACAUCCCUCUAAUUCUUUACUAUUUUGGAGACAAUUAUAAUAUUAACAUUAAUAAUAUUCGGGUAAUAAAGAGUUCGUUAUCAGAUGCUUUAGUCCGGUUUUACCCUUUGGCUGGAAGGAUGAAAGGCCAGGCUUUGCUCGAUUGCAACGACCAAGGCGUUUUGUAUAUCGAAGCUAAUGCUGAUGCUGCGAUAACGGAUGUUAUCAGAUCUGUGGAUUUGGAUGUACUUGACGAGCUUGUGCCGUUUAAAAAUAACGGCUAUUUUUCGAGUGCGAGAGUGCAAUUAGCUGUUCAGGCAACCUCAUUCAAGUGUGGAGGAAUCGCAAUCGGAGUAUGCAUCUCACACAGAAUCGCCGACGCCGCCACCCUCAGCUCAUUCAUCACCCACUGGUCCGCCACCGCCCGCCGUGAUCAGCCCAACCUCAUCUCCCCUCUCUUCAACUCCGCCCUUCUUUUCCCUCCCCAAAACACCCCUGAUUUCAAACCCAAUUUCUCCAGCCUCUCCGUCCAAAAACCCCUCUCCCCCAAAUUCACCACCAAACGAUUCACCUUCACCAAAUCAUCCAUCGAUUCACUCAAAUCAAUAGUCACAGAAUAUUCCCCCAAAAUUCUCCACCCAUCCCGAAUCGAGGUCGUCACGGCGUUUCUGUGGAGCCGCUGCGCGGCGGCGAAGGGGCUCGGCGGAACCCACCGAUCCCUCGCGUUCCACCCCGUUAACCUCCGGGGUAAAAUCCCCUCACUGACGGAAUAUUCCUUCGGCAACAUUUUCCAGAUGGUGAGCGCCGAGAGCGACGGCGGCGGAACGGCGGAUUGGGUUACGUUGGUGGCGAAAUUGAGGGCGGCGUUCGGGAGAAUUGAUUCGGAUUACGUUCAGAGGCUGAUGGGGGAGAAGGGUUUCGAGAUUGGUAAGGAGAAUUUCUUGGAGAUCAGUAAAUUGCUGGGACUCGGUGGAAAUAUUGAUGUGCUGAGAUUCAGCAGCUACUGCAGAUUUGCGAUGAAGGAAGCUGAUUUUGGGUGGGGGAGGCCUGUUUGGGCGAGCAUCGGUAGCUACGCGAACAAGGAUAAUGUUUUUCUUUUUGAAUCUUUGGAGUUUUGUGGAGGAAUCGAAGCGUGGAUCGUGCUCGAUGCUCGAGUAAUGGAGAGGCUUCAACGGGAUUUCGAGCUUCAGCGUUUCACUUCUUCGUGUUUUGCAUGGUGAGGGUUUGAAGAAUUCAGUUGGCGCUUGCGCAUUCCGAUUCCGACUCCGGUCGAACGGUUGUCGGCGUCGGGUGGUUGGAAUUUUA